AUGGAUUCGAGAUACUACUCAGGGCCGCUUGAGUCAAGAGAGUCAAAUACUGAAAUUGGUGAUAUUCGACGACCUUGGAGGGUAUUCCUCAAGCGGAGGCGAUCUGCGAUACCCGUUAUUGUAGGCAGUGGCAUCUACUCAGAUUUUUGGUGGUUUUGGGCGGUUGAAGGCAGGUUGCUGAGGGCCAGGGGGCUCGUGUUCGGAGAUUAA